GAUGACGACCGCAAAAACUAUUGGAGUUUUCUUCGUAAUUUUUGGCUGUUUUGCCAUACUUUAUCCCAAGAUAUUUCAUCCGAUGGUGGUGCAAGUGUUUGGUCUUGGUUCAACGAAUGCCAGAACACAAAGGCCUCAAGAUAUUCACCCAAGAGAUAGGAUGCCGCGCCCCUCAGCUCCCUCUGCAGGACAAGGAUCACCUGCGAAUGAUGCCAUGAGAAGUCACAUGAGAGCAGGGAUGCAUCCUGGGAUGAGGGCUGCUGCUGAGAUGAAGAAACAGGCUGCGGAGCAGGGAGGCAACAGGGGCAUGAUGGGAAUGAUCCUGCCAAUGUACGCAGUUGGAAUCAUAUUAUACUUGGUCUAUACGAUGACAAAGGUGUUCAUGAAGAACAAAGACAGUGGAGAUGGCAAGAACAAUGAUGGGCAUGAUCCAUACACCAGAUACCGACCUGAAGACUACCCUGGCAGUUACGACAAGCAGGCCCGAUUCCAGGCUGAUCUCGCCAAUGAUGCAGACUUCUUAUUGAGUAAGAAAGAAAAGCUGGUGGAAUUGGAGCAGCUUCUUGCCAAGGCCGAGGGCAAGAAAAUCAAUGAUACAGAGAUGCGGCUCCUGAAGGACCGUCUCCAAGAGACAGAGGCACAAAUGUCACGGAUCCUCACAGCGAUGGAGCAUGUUCAGACCCGCGUGAAGGAUGGAAUUGAUGCGAAGAUUAAAGAGACUGAUGCUCAGAGAGCUGCAGAGGAUGAGAAUGUUACGUUAAACAAAGAGGAAGGCCCCAGGCGAAGGGUGCAACCAUCUUGCGACUCAUCACCAGACAUGGACUCAUACGAGAUCAUCGACAAAGGGAAGGGAAACGUCACCGAUAGUGCAAAAAUGAAAUCAAAGGGAAAGUUGGAGGCAUCGAAUCCGAUGAAUACAGAUCUGAACGCGUUGGAUAGCGAAUCAUCGGGACGGGAAUCUGAUGAUGAGAAUGAGGACAGUGAGUCGGUGGAUGUGGAUGAUGGUGCACCAAAUAUGAUGGCUGCAGCUGGGUGUAUCGGGGCUGGCUUGGGUAUUGGCGCUGCAAUGAGCAUGCCCGUUGAAAGUGAUCCAAUGGAUGUGCUGGGGUUGGACGCCCGGGAAGUUGAAGUUGUCGGAAGUUUGGGACGGGCAUUUAAUGUAUCUGAGGGUGAUGAUGAUGACGAUGACGGUUCAGAUGAUGGUGAUGAUGAUGAUGAUAAUGAGAUUGACUAUGAUGAUGAUGAUGAUGUUUACGCUGAUGAGCCACCGGUUGAGACAAUAGAUGGCGAUGGUGAAGGUUCAGCUGAUGAGAAACCGGAGGGUCUGAGAAAGCGACUGCCAGUUGAUAAAACUGAUUCAUCGUAAAGCAUUUCCUUGCCAGGUAAAUUGGAUGAUAAAUUGGUCACUUAGCUGGUUCAUGUCAGCUUGUUAUGCAAUGUAUUGGAUAGAUCUAAAUUCUCUGCCUUAUGGAUUACUGCCUUCUAGUGGUGCGGUUUGGUGUCAUGACAACAUUACAUUGAUCAAACGUGUGGACUUGGCUCGUUUGUUAUGAUGUUUGGCUAAUACAAGCUCCUGCUCUUCUCACUGCGACUUUACAUACUAGUCUUGUUCCAUACAGGUACAUCUCUUUCACUAGUUUAGUGCAAAUCCAGUUUACCUGGCGCCAGUUUCAGAUCAAAACCAUCACAUGUACAUGUUCGCAUUUAGUCAAUUGAAUCUCAGUCGUGGCGGUUGUCAGUGGAGAAAACUUGUAAAGUUAUAGUUCUGGAAACGAUUUGGAUAAAUGCUUAUAUCCAUAGUGUCAGCAGUCUUGUGAUCUCUGCUGUACUGUUAAGUAUUUAGGAUAGGAAUGCGGAAGAGAUUGGUUGUUUUGCUCGUCCAAGUUUUCCAUUUACAUAGGUCAUCAAGCACUUCUUUUCUGUCUCCACAUCAUAGUCUACUUAACCAACUACGUAAUCGACAAAUAGUUAUUCUCAACUGUACAAAUGUAAACUAUGUAUGAUGAUGAUGAUACAUUUGUUGUCUGUCUUGUGUCCUUGGGAGGAGGAGUUGUCCAGACUAUGUCAAUCAAUCCUUGGUGUUUCAGGCUGUAUGGUCAGCCCUGCAGCCUGGCAUCAGGUCUUAAAUAAAAUGUAUAGGAGAUCUAAGUGUAAUCAUACUAUCUGUACUCUAAACGGAGUUAUAAUCAUACUACGUAGAAAGAGUAGUACAUUGAGUACAUGUGCAACUACUGUCAUUUGUGUCAAUAUAGGUUAUCAUAUACUGUAAACCACAAAAUACUUGCAGCAUCUUAUUUUUACGAAUUUUGUGAGUAACCUUGAAAAAGUGAAAAACUGAAAGGAAUUUCAUAAUCUGCCAAAAUAAUAAUCGCAAAUCUUUUCAUUUUUUGAAAGAUUUUCACAAAUUCAAAGUGCACAAAACUUUUGUGGCUGACAGUAUGCCUUGCUGCAGCUUACAGUGUCGGAGUGUUAUUUUUCAUUCCUGAAGUAGCGUACUGCUUAUGUUAUCCUUACGCUGACCGUAGUUAUUUCAUAGGUCUCUUUCACGAACUGGCACAAAUCUGUCUUGUAUAAUUCAUCAAGAGUAUAAGGUAUCUUUAUAUAUUAUUGCUUGAUGAUGGUCGUACUUGAAAAGUGGUUUCUGUAAAAAAUUGUUGACUUUGUUUAGAACUUGUCUACCUACAUGUACCUGUUUUGUGUUGUAAGGUCACUUACUGAAUUGAAUAACACACUUGUCUUGGCAAGUAUACUUAACGAAAUUUCAAGGCAGUCAGUUAGUAUUUAGUAAAGUCUCCAGUCCUGAUUUUGACUCCCUUACAACUGCCAGUUGUAGUUCGGCACUGAUCUUACAUCAAUUGUGGUACACAAUGUAGAUUACCUGUUUGAAAGAAUCCUGCUAAAUACCGUGUGUCAUGGUUUUUGUCUGCAUAUAGCAUGUUAAUUUAUUUGUCUUAUUGUUUUCAUAAGUUAAGUCCGCAAUUGUUUUAUUCUGACUAUUAAUUCGUGUAUAGGUUGCCUUUUACAAAUAAAUCAAAAUUCU